CAAAUCAUAGAAUAGUUUGGUGUGCUCACAGCUUUAGAUGUGUUCCCUGGGAUGUUUUGUUUCCUUUGAAUGGCAGACUCCCACACCAUAGAACAAGCUGCUUUUGAGACUCCCCAAAGUUUUUAAAGAGGAGGUUUGUCACACAGCACUGGAACUUUCCUUUGUAGGAGUCUUAUUGGCAUCCUCCAUCUCUAGCUCUCCUUGUCAUGGAAGCCAUUUCUCACAUUGUUCAGGAUGUGCGCGAUUAUUGGGCUGAUCAUUUUUCUCACAGAUUUUUACCCAGGCGGCCAACACUUCGCCGACCGAUCUCCUUGUCCACUUACUAUCUGUUGGACUACAGAACCCGGCAAGCUGAACUAGGGAUGGAUUAUGGUUCUCCAUGUACUCAGUUGAACAAAGCAAAGUUUGUCUUCCAGGAGGGUGAGUGGCAGAGUGACAGCACCCCUCAACAGAUGCCCUUACUACAGUUAUUUUCCUCUCAUGACAAAGAAUCACCUAACAAGACCCUGAAGAAAGCAAACAAAGCCCUACUGGAAGAGAACAAUUACUUGAAGCUACAGCUCGAGCUGCUGAUGGAUAUGCUGACAGAGACCACAGCACGGCUGCGCUCAGUAGAGAAAAAGCUGGACAUGACUUCAUGGCAUCCAAAGAUUAAAAAGACAAACAAGGUGCUGAUGCUUCGAUCUUAAUAAACGACUUGGACCAAAGUCCUGAGAGAAUUGUAUUUCUGAAGUAGUUUGCCUUUCUGUGUCAAGACACUAAACAAAAUCUUGAAGAAAAUUAAUUUAUACUGCCUUUUGUCUAAUGGAUUAAUGCAUUCUUAUUACAGUAUUGCAUUCCCUGGAACUGCACAUUUUAAAAAAUGUUUUGAUCUAAUGAUAUCA